AAGAGUUGUUUACUGUUCUAUUUAUUUUGUUUUUGGUUUACGAAAAUUCCAAUCGGAAUAAAAGCACCGCCGCGUCACUUCCUUUUUCACUUUCCCUCUAGAAUUUCCCGAGAAACAAACAAUUGUUUGGCUAUCAGAACUCUCUAGUUGUUAAUUAUUCUCCAAUCAAACUGUGGUUUUGAUAACUGUCCCUGGGUUUAUCCAUUCGCCUCGUUUUUAGAAAAAAUAUCUCAAAUCUUUUUAAUUUUUUCUUCGGAUAAUAGGGUUUAGGAAAAUUUUCAUCUUCCAAUUUUCAAUUGGAUUUUGCCUGAGAAAAAGAAUGAUGAGAAGACAAGAGGAAAAUCGUCGACAUCAGGAUCAGCAAUCAAGGGUUUUCCACGAACUGUCGGCGCUGGUUCUGAAUCUUAUACGAUCGCCGCCGAUGCCUUUCGCCGAUCAAUCUCCGGUGCCGGGGUGGAGGUCUCACCCCCAAUACUUAUCGACGACGACGAUAUCUCCGGCGGGAUACGCUUGGCUGAUGCUAGGGAUAUCGGUUUCGUUGAUGUUGUGUGGAUCGGUUACUUUCUUUAUAGGUUUCUUGUUGAUGCCUUGGGUUAUUGGCUUGUUCAUGGUAUUUUACGUUGCUGGGAUUGUUUCCGUGAUUUCCAUGUUAGGUCGUUCUAUUCUUUGUUACGCCAUGGCCCCCCCUCCUUCGCCUCGAAAGGAUAUUCCUGCAUGGAAGGUUUCGUGAAGAGGAAAGGUGGAUGGGGCAAAGAGUCGGGAUGCCUUAAAAGAAUGGAGCAGCAUUGGAGUUGUUGUGAAGGUGCCACAUACAGGGAAAACGAGUUUAGCAGGUUUCUUUGAGUAUUAAUGCAGGAAAUGUGGAUAAGUCUUUGCUUCAGAUGUUAACUGAAAUAUGUGAAUAUGGCUUCCUUCCUUGUGUAGCUGAAAUAGACAAAUAGCGAGUGACUUUGUAAAGUAUUUAAAUGUGUAUUUUGCAUUCUUCUUAUUUACCAUAAAAUAAAAUAAAACAUGGGAGCGUUGAUUGAUUCCCAUUUCUUUUC